AAAAUAGUUACGUCAGAAGGUGGGGGCGGGGCACCCCCGGGUUGAGUGGCAGCAGCUCUUGCCUAGGAGGAGGCGCGAGAAUCAGCCUGGUUCAGUGACUGAGACAAACUGGAGGUGAGCGGAGCUGGUGCUGUCCACUGUUCUGUGGGUGCUGAACCUGGGACGCGACGCGAGCGGACCGGUUGCUCCAGCACCUGGAGGCAACGCCCUCUUGCACCCUCUGUGCCCUGUGGGUCCUGCUGGUGAAGCAGGACCCAUAUCAACUUGACAAAGGAGUAUAUCGGACGUGGGAGAGAGUCCUCCGUUUUGCAAUCUGGGCGCCCAUUCAGGCGUGACUUUGGAGAUUUCUAUAGUUUUAGACAAAACUACUUUGAUUUUUUUCCAAGCUAAGACGAUCUUUUUAGUAUCUUUUUUUUUUUUUUUUUAACUGUGAUUCACAUAUCCACAUCCUUUAGGAAUCUUUCUGAGGGACUUUUUUAUUACUUAAAAAAAGGUGAAAAUCAAUAAGGAUGUUUAAGUGCUGGUCAGCUGUUUUUGUUCUUGGAUUCAUUUUUCUGGAAUCAGAAGGAAGGCCAACAAAAGAAGCAGGAUAUGGCCUUAAAUCCUAUCAACCUUUAAUAAGAUUGCGACAUAAGCAGGAAAAAAGUCAAGAAAGUUCAAGAAUCAAAGGAUUUCUGAUUCAGGAUGGCCCUUUUGGAUCUUGUGAAAAUAAGUACUGUGGCUUGGGAAGGCAUUGUGUGAUCAGCAGACAGACAGGGCAAGCGGAAUGUGCCUGCAUGGACCUUUGCAAACGACACUACAAACCUGUGUGUGGAUCUGAUGGAGAAUUCUAUGAAAACCACUGUGAGGUACACAGAGCUGCUUGCCUGAAAAAGCAAAAGAUCACCAUUGUUCACAACGAAGACUGCUUCUUUAAAGGCGAUAACUGCAAGAGCACUGAAUACAGCAAGAUGAAAAGCAUGCUUUUAGAUUUACAAAAUCAAAAAUAUAUUACCCAAGAAAAUGAAAAUCCUAACGGCGAUGACAUAUCUCGGAAGAAGCUGUUGGUGGAUCAAAUGUUUAAGUAUUUUGAUGCAGACAGUAAUGGACUUGUAGAUAUUAAUGAACUAACUCAGGUGAUAAAACAGGAAGAACUUGGCAAGGAUCUUUUGGAUUGUACUUUGUAUGAUCUACUGAAGUAUGAUGAUUUUAACGAUGACAAGCACCUGGCUCUUGAAGAAUUUUAUAGAGCAUUCCAGGUGAUUCAGUUGAGUCUUCCUGAAGAUCAGAAGCUAAGCAUUACUGCAGCAACUGUGGGACAAAGUGCUGUCCUGAGCUGUGCCAUUCAGGGAGCCCUGAGACCCCCCAUCAUCUGGAAAAGGAACAAUAUUAUUCUAAAUAAUUUAGAUUUGGAAGACAUCAAUGAUUUUGGAGAUGAUGGGUCCUUAUAUAUUACUAAGGUUACCACAACUCAUAUGGGCAAUUAUACCUGCUACGCUGAUGGCUAUGAACAUGUCUAUCAGACUCACAUUUUCCAAGUGAAUGUUCCUCCUGUCAUUCGAGUGUAUCCAGAGAGUCAGGCUAGAGAACCUGGCGUAACUGCAAGUCUUAGGUGCCAUGCAGAGGGCAUCCCAAAUCCUCAGCUUGGAUGGUUGAAGAAUGGAAUAGAUAUUACACCAAAGCUCUCCAAACAACUCACUCUUCAAGCAAAUGGCAGUGAGGUUCACAUAAGCAAUGUGCGGUAUGAAGAUACCGGAGCAUAUACUUGUAUCGCGAAGAAUGAAGCAGGAGUGGAUGAAGACAUCUCUUCUCUUUUUGUGGAAGAUUCUGCUAGAAAGACCCUAGCUAACAUAUUAUGGAGAGAAGAAGGUUUGGGAAUUGGGAACAUGUUCUAUGUUUUUUAUGAAGAUGGAAUCAAAGUGAUACAACCCAUAGAAUGUGAAUUUCAGAGGCACAUUAAGCCUAGUGAAAAGCUCCUUGGAUUUCAGGAUGAAGUCUGUCCCAAAGCUGAGGAAGAAGAAGUUCAGAAAUGUGUGUGGGCCUCAGCUGUUAAUGUCAAAGACAAGUUCAUUUAUGUUGCACAGCCAACUUUGGACCGAGUCCUUAUUGUUGAUGUGCAGUCCCAAAAAGUUGUUCAGGCAGUGAGCACAGAUCCUGUCCCAGUUAAACUACACUAUGACAAAUCACACGAUCAGGUUUGGGUCCUAAGCUGGGGCACAAUGGAGAAGACUUCACCAACACUACAGGUAAUAACCCUGGCCAGUGGGAAUGUGCCUCACCACACCAUCCACACCCAGCCAGUGGGAAAACAGUUUGACAGAGUGGAUGAUUUUUUCAUUCCCACCACAACACUCAUUAUCACCCAUAUGAGGUUUGGAUUUAUUCUUCACAAAGACGAAGCUGCACUACAAAAAAUUGAUCUCGAAACCAUGUCAUACAUCAAGACAAUUAAUUUGAAGGACUACAGGUGUAUUCCUCAGUCUUUGGCAUACACACACUUGGGAGGAUACUACUUCAUUGGCUGCAAACCUGACAGCACUGGAGAAAUCCCACCACAGCUCAUGGUGGACGGUGUAACUGACUCAGUCAUUGGGUUCAAUAGUGAUGUGACAGGAACUCCAUAUGUCUCUCCAGAUGGCCACUACCUUGUCAGCGUUAAUGAUGUGAAAGGUGUUGUGAGGGUCCAGUACAUCACCAUCAGAGGAGAAAUUCAGGAGGCUUUUGAUAUUCACACAAAUCUGCACAUAUCUGAUCUGGCGUUUCAGCCAUCCUUCACCGAAGCCCACCAGUACAACAUCUAUGGUAGUUCAAGUCGACAAACUGAUGUGCUCUUUGUGGAACUCUCUUCGGGAAAGGUCAAGAUGAUUAAGAGCCUUAAGGAACCACUCAAGGCAGAAGAAUGGCCUUGGAACCGGAAGAACAGGCAAAUCCAGGACAGUGGCUUGUUUGGUCAGUACCUGAUGACACCUUCCAAGGACUCUCUCUUCAUACUAGAUGGACGACUCAAUAAGUUAAACUGUGAGAUCACUGAAGUUGAGAAAGGAAAUACAGUCAUUUGGGUUGGAGAUGCCUAAAGAGCCCUAUUAUAUAAUUAUUGAAGAAAGAGUUUUACAGUACAUUGCACUUAAUCCAUUGUUUAAAUUACAGCUUAACUUUUAACGUUAUAUCCUAUUUAAACGUAAUUUACUUGAUUGGCCCAAAUAAAAUAGAUUGUUUUUAACCAAUACAUACACGAUAAUAUUGGUUGAUGAGAAAUAUUUAACACAAUAUUUAAAUGAGAAAUUACAUCAAUCACAGAAAUCUAAUGUGAAAUUAUGUUUUAAACAAA